AUGCUUCCGGGUUGGCGUUGCAGUGGCGUUUCCGACUGGGGGAGCCUCGGCUUCCCAGUCAUCUGAUGAGCCCGAGCAGCUGAGUCCCUUCCCUGUCUUUCACUCUUCUGGCAUCGUUGGUUUUACUUCUUCGGUUGAACCCUGCUUCCUCGACCCCCCUGGGAGGCCGCCUGCUUCAGGCGCCUCCCUUCUCUUCACGAACUCGCUCUGACAGCUGAGGAACUGGCAAGAUCCUGCUACCCAGAGGGUGAAUGGGUAUCUUUCCUGGAAUAAUCCUAAUUUUUCUAAGGGUGAAGUUUGCAACGGCGGCCGUGAUUGUAAGCGGACCCCAGAAGAGUGCCACUCUAAGCCAUGAGAUGUCUGGUCUGAACUGGAAACCCUUUGUAUAUGGCGGCCUUGCCUCUAUUGUUGCUGAGUUUGGAACUUUUCCUGUGGACCUAACCAAAACACGACUGCAAGUUCAAGGCCAAAGCAUCGAUGCCCGCUUCAAAGAGAUAAAAUACCGAGGAAUGUUUCAUGCCUUGUUCCGAAUCUAUAAAGAAGAAGGUGUGUUGGCUCUGUAUUCAGGAAUUGCUCCUGCUUUACUGAGGCAGGCAUCAUAUGGCACCAUUAAGAUUGGCAUUUACCAGAGCUUGAAGAGAUUAUUUGUAGAACGUUUAGAAGAUGAAACUCUUCUAGUUAAUAUGAUCUGUGGGGUAGUGUCAGGAGUGAUAUCUUCCACUAUAGCCAAUCCCACUGAUGUACUAAAGAUUCGAAUGCAGGCUCAGGGAAGCUUGUUCCAAGGCAGCAUGAUUGGCAGCUUCAUUGAUAUAUACCAACAAGAAGGUACCAAGGGUCUGUGGAGGGGUGUUGUUCCAACUGCUCAACGGGCUGCUAUCGUUGUGGGAGUAGAGCUACCAGUCUAUGAUAUUACAAAGAAGCACUUGAUAUUGUCAGGGGUGAUGGGAGACACAAUUUUAACUCACUUUGUUUCCAGCUUUACAUGCGGCUUGGCUGGGGCUCUGGCUUCUAAUCCAGUUGAUGUGGUUCGAACUCGUAUGAUGAACCAGAGGGCAAUUGUGGGACAUGUGGACCUCUACAAGGGUACUUUGGAUGGUAUUUUAAAGAUGUGGAAGCACGAGGGCUUUUUUGCACUCUAUAAAGGAUUUUGGCCGAACUGGCUUCGACUUGGACCCUGGAACAUCAUUUUUUUUAUCACAUACGAGCAGCUUAAGAGACUUCAGAUCUAAGGACUGAAUUAUAUGUGAACCAAGCCCUGCCAACCUUUGUACUCUUUUCUCUGUUUCCUUGUUCAAAUGUAUUUUGACAAACUUAUAAGUGUUUACUGAACCAUUGGUCUCCCAAGAGCCUCCUGAUGGAAGAACAAUAGGAUGGUUCAAAAUUGUUCAUUUGUUUGUGUUACCAUGUUAACUUCCCCGAGAGGGGGUGUUAACAUUGAGAUUCUGGACCCUGAUUGGUAUCUUCUGUGAAGAUGGAUACUGAUGGGUGACAUUGAAAAUGGCCUUCUUUUCAAAUGUGGGUUAAAUGUAGUUGGUUAGCCCCAGACUAGAGCAGAAGGCAUAGGCUAGGGCAGUUACUGCUAUGUAUGUUACAGACCUUGGUUCUCAUUAAAGUAUUUAUUGCAAGAAUCA